UGAAUUUGUAAAUACAGAAAUCUCAGACAAUUCAUAUACACUCUAGAUAAAUAUACUGAUAGGAGAAUGGCUAGCAAAUCAUAUGCUUAGAAGCAGAAAUAAUACUACCAUAAAUUAACUUUUGAAACUAUGAUGAAAAAAAGUAAUUAUGAGUCUCCGAUUCACAUGACUUUUUUAGAAGGCAUUUAAGAUGCACUGAAUGAGUAAGGAAUCAAUAACAUUCGUAAAAUAACUAAGACCAAAUCUAUAAGUGAAAUCAUGGAAACAUUGAGUAGGGAUAUAUAGAAUUAAAGGAGAAAGCCUUUAUAUAUCGCAAUAGGUUCAUUAAUCAUAUCACAAACAUACUUCAUAGAUCUUAAAUUUACUUGUCUAGGAAUUAUGCAUCUGCCAUAUGGGUGUUAAAUUUUGAUAAUCUAUAUAAAUUAGAAAACCUUUAAAGAAAGGGAACUAUCUCUAGAUUAGAGAAUGAAUGGUUUAAUUCAGAUAAAUAGGAUAAUCAAUGAUUACCAUAGAAUUAAUAUGCAUCUUUAAAGAACUAAUGCUGAAAUUAUAAAUAUUACAAUGUAUAUACUUAUAAUUUAUUGA